AACUUAACAAUAAAAAAUAUUAUUGUUCCUCUUUGCUUUGCUUAGCUUGUUGAGUUGAGUUGUCUCCGAUCAUCUCCCUUCUUCCGCUCAUCAUUGCUAAUACUCCCUUCCCUCUCUCUCUAACCAGCUAGGGUUUCUGCAACUUUACGGGUUCUAAAUUUCGCUUCCCUCCUCACUCAAAAUCAUUUCCCUCUUUGGGAUAUUGUUUGUUCAUUUCUUAUUAUAUUUUUUUUCCCAGCUGAAUUUCCUAAUUCCUAUUUGAUUUUGGUACUACUGUUCCUCCUAAGGUUUUCGCAAUGUAUUAGAUUUGUUUUCGAUAUAACUGGUUGAUCUGUUCUUCACAUUAAUUCAAAUAAAGCUGUUUUGGGUUUGCAACUUUCUGGAAUUCUUUUGACUGAGGUGUAUAAACUACCGGAUUUUAUCCCUGCUAGGGUUUGUUUACGAUUUGGCGAAUUGGAAAAUUGUCUAAUUUUCUUUUUUUCUUUUUAUUUGAGUGUGGUUAGAGGAUCCAAUAUGGCCUCUUACAGGCCUUUCCCUACGCAAUCGUCUUUCGGUCCGCCGUCGAACCAGAACCCUCCACCAGCAGCAGCGCCACUACCUCCUCCUUCAUCAUCUCAACAGCGCGUAAAUCAGUAUAACCCAGCUUGGAAUUACAGUGGUACUGCUGCCGGUGGCAAUGGUGGUGAUGGGUCUGUUCCAUCAGCCCCGUCUUAUUUUCAGAACAGUGGGUUCGGACCUUCAACUUCAUCACAACAUUAUGGUGCUCCAAGAAGCCAACACCCUGCUCCUCCACCACCCCCUCACCAGCAGUACGCCUAUCCACCUCCUCCUCCUCCGCCGGAUUCCUCGUAUCCUCCACCACCGCCGCCACCAGCUUCUCAAAAUUCGAUGAACUUACAGCCUCCGCAACCUCCUGCGUACUACCCUUCUUCACAGUUUUCUCAGUUCAACAAUCAACAGCCACCGCCCCCUCCUCCACCACCAUCAUCUCCACCUCCGCCUCCAAGCUCACCACCACCUCCUCCUCCACCAACUCAGAGCAAAGAGAAUGGUCCAGAUAGAGGGGUUCACAAGGAGGUAUCAGCGUCCGGGAGGCGAGAACAUGGUCUAUCGAAUCACGGUGUUCCUCAUAAACAACAGAAAUUUCCUGUUCCUUCAGUGCCAGUAAAGAAAGCAAAUGGGCCUUCAGGGAGAGUGGAAACAGAAGAAGAGAGGAGGUUGAGGAAAAGGAAAGAAUAUGAGAAGAUUAAACAAGAAGAGAAGCACAGACAGCAAUUGAAGGAGUCACAACACUCAGUUUUGCAAAAAACUCAAAUUUUGUCUUCCGCCAAGGGUCAUGGUUCAAUUGCAGGAUCACGAAUGGGAGACAGAAGGGGUACUUCAUUCUUAAGCAAUGAAAGGAUUGAGAAUAGGCUAAAGAAGCCAACGACAUUUUUAUGCAAGCUGAAGUUCCGGAAUGAACUUCCAGACCCAAGUGCACAACCGAAGCUCAUGUCUAUGAGGACAGAAAAAGAUCAAUAUUCAAGGUACACCAUAACGUCGUUGGAAAAAACAUACAAGCCUAAGCUUUUUGUCGAGCCAGAUCUUGGGAUCCCUCUUGACCUACUUGACCUCAGUGUAUACAAUCCUCCCAGUGUUAGACCACCCCUUGAUCCAGAAGAUGAGGAAUUGUUGCGUGAUGAUGAAGCAGCAACCCCUGUGAAAAAAGAUGGAAUUAAAAGGAAAGAUAGGCCUACUGAUAAAGGAGUUGCCUGGCUGGUCAAGACUCAAUAUAUAUCUCCUCUGAGCAUGGAAUCGGCAAAACAGUCUCUAACUGAAAAACAAGCAAAAGAACUGCGAGAAAUGAAAGGCCGCAACCUUUUGGAGAAUCUCAAUGACAGGGAUCGACAAAUUAAGGAAAUUGAGGCCUCUUUUGAGGCAUGCAAGUCACGCCCUGUUCAUGCUACCAAUAAGAACUUGUAUCCUGUUGAGGUUUUGCCUCUGUUGCCUGAUUUUGAAAGAUACGACGAUCAAUUCGUCUUUGUGGCAUUCGAUAAUGCUCCUACAGGCGAUUCAGAGAUCUUCAGCAAGUUUGAUCAUUCUACACGUGAUGCUCACGAAUCACAGGCCAUCUUAAAAAGUUACAAGGUGACAGGCUCAGAUCCAGGGAACCCGGAGAAGUUUUUGGCUUACAUGGUCCCUGCUCCAGAUGAGUUGUCGAAGGAUAUUCAUGAUGAAACUGAAGAUGUUACAUUUUCUUGGGUUCGUGAAUACCACUGGGAUGUACGUGGUGAUGAUGCAGAUGACCCCACAACAUAUGUUGUUUCGUUUGAUGAAACAGAAGCACGCUAUUUGCCUCUUCCCACAAAGAUUGUUCUAAGGAAGAAGAGGGCUAAAGAAGGAAGAUCUAAUGAUGAGAUCGAACAUUUCCCUGCACCUUCUAGAGUAACUGUAAGGAAGAGACCAACUACUUCUGUUAUAGAAUUGAAAGAACCAGAGGUUUAUUCAAAUUCAAGGGGAAGUCUUUCGAAUUUGAAAAGAGGAGGCGGGUCUGAUGUUGAAGACGGUCUUGAAAGACCACAUAAAAUGGGUCGACAUGAAGACGUUGACGAUUAUAGUGGUGCUGAAGAUUAUUUGUCUGAAUAAAUAUUUUUGAUACAAAUUAAGCUGUCUUCUCUUGGACCAAGUUUCUCAAUUUUUGUAGCAUAGUUACUGUGUUCUGGGCGAUUCUCCAACGCCAAAAUCUUUGAAAGCGAGUCAUAAAUGCCAUAUUUGUACUUUACUCCCAUCUUCCUAUAUACCAAAUAUGUUGUUUCUUUCUAGCUGUAGGCAGGCAAUUUGUUAUUUGUAGGUUUACACAUUACCAUGCCAUAAAAAAAAGGGAAGAAAGGAUAUAGUGAUAUAUUGUACAAAGCGACUUCUUCUAGUGUUGAGAGAAAGUAGUGAGUUUUCAGCAAA